AUGUCGUCUCUCAUCUCACAGCCGACCGCAGACAAGCUGCAAGUCACCCAGCACGAGCAGUAUGUCUCGCCCGAGUCGCUCACCCCAUCUACCAUCGCGCCCUCGCCGCUCGACCAAUUCCGCACCUGGUUCACCCAGGUGCAAGGCGUUGUCUGCGAGCCAGAGGCGAUGACCCUCUCCACGGCUUCCGCCUCUGGUAUCCCGUCGUCACGCAUCGUCCUCUUCAAGCAGCUCGACCACCGCGGCUUCGUGUUCUACACUAACUACACCUCGCGCAAGUCACGGGAGCUGCUCGAGAACCCGCAUGCCUCGAUUGUGUUUUACUGGCGCGAGGUGCACAAGCAGGUGCGCAUCGUCGGCCGGGUCGAGAAGGUCAGCCUGGAGGAGAGCGCGGAGUACUACCGUUCGCGGCCGGUGGGCAGCCAGUUGGGUGCGUGGGCGAGCAGACAGAGUACAGUGGUCGGCGAAGGAGAUCUCCAGGCCCGCCUUGAGAAGAUCAAGGAGCUUUUCUGUGCGGAGGAUGGGCAGGCCGAUGUGCCUCUGCCCGACUUUUGGGGUGGAUGGAGAGUAAUACCAGAUGAGGUCGAGUUCUGGCUGGGGAAGCCCUGCCGUCUCCAUGACCGCAUACGAUACUUGCGUGUCGAAGGAUCUUCAGACGACGCACCUCAAUGGAGGAUCGAUAGAUUAUCCCCGUGA